GCGUGCUCGUGUGUGUAGGUUGAAUGGAUGAAACAACGAGAGCGGAGAGGUAUAGCGUUGCUGUGAUACGGCCCUAUAUAUUUGCUGACAGGACUAUCUUCCUUUUAAAGACAACCUCCUCCUUACAUUGGUUUUCACUUAGUGAUGUCGCGUAUUUGUGUGGUGAACCUGUAAAGAGCAAGACAGGCAGAAGCCAGCUUUUUUAAUUAUUUGAUUCAUUUUAUUUCUUCAGUUAUUUUGAUUUUAUUUAAUCCAUUGGCUGAAAGGGACUCAUUUCUGUAUUUUGGUUAAAUAAAUAUUUAAUUUAAUCAUUUUAUCUUGUUUAUGUGUUGAUUUCUGUUUCCAAGUUUGAACUAAGAGAAAGGCCGAAUUCAUCUUUUUAUAGCCUAUUUGCAAGUGUCUUCUUCAUUCUCUAUUUUUAAAGAGAUUGUUUGGCUAAGGACGUCCGUAACUUUCAUUUGUAGAAACGACGGCAACUCCAAACUAACAUGGCAGUCAGACUGUGCGACGUGGCUUCUCUGCUUAGAAGUGGUUCGUGGGCGACAGAGCCUUGGACUGGGCAGGUAAUUGCAGCCAUGGAAACACAGCUGUCCAAUGGGCCCACUUGCAACAACACGAGCAACGGUCCCUCAACAAUCUCAAACAACUGCUCCUCUCCGGUAGAGUCGGGGAGCAUGGAGGACAGUAAAACUAACUUGAUAGUAAACUACCUGCCUCAGAACAUGACCCAAGAAGAGCUCAAGAGUUUGUUUGGGAGCAUCGGCGAAAUUGAGUCCUGUAAAUUAGUUCGAGACAAAAUAACAGGGCAGAGCCUAGGUUAUGGAUUUGUGAAUUACGUGGACCCGAAAGAUGCAGAGAAAGCCAUUAACACAUUAAAUGGCCUGAGACUACAGACCAAAACCAUUAAGGUGUCCUACGCUCGUCCGAGCUCGGCCUCCAUUAGAGAUGCAAAUUUGUACGUCAGUGGCUUACCAAAAACCAUGACUCAGAAAGAACUAGAGCAGCUCUUCUCUCAGUACGGACGAAUCAUUACCUCACGCAUUCUGGUGGACCAAGUGACUGGUGUCUCCAGAGGAGUGGGUUUUAUCCGGUUUGACCGGCGAAUCGAAGCAGAAGAAGCCAUCAAGGGCCUGAAUGGCCAGAAGCCACCGGGCGCCACAGAGCCCAUCACCGUGAAGUUCGCCAACAACCCCAGCCAGAAGACGAGCCAGGCUCUGCUCUCCCAGCUGUACCAGUCGCCCAAUCGAAGGUACCCCGGACCCCUCGCACAGCAGGCACAGCGCUUCAGGUUGGACAAUCUGCUAAACAUGGCAUAUGGAGUCAAGAGCCGGUUCUCCCCUAUGGCCAUCGAUGGGGUAACCAGCCUGGCUGGCAUCAACAUCCCAGGGCACGCGGGCACCGGCUGGUGCAUCUUCGUCUAUAACCUGGCUCCGGAUGCAGACGAAAGCAUUCUGUGGCAGAUGUUUGGGCCGUUUGGCGCCGUCACAAACGUCAAGGUCAUCCGGGACUUUAACACAAACAAGUGCAAAGGGUUCGGAUUUGUCACCAUGACUAACUACGACGAGGCAGCCAUGGCCAUCGCCAGCUUGAACGGAUACCGCCUCGGGGACAGAGUUCUGCAAGUCUCGUUUAAAACCAACAAAACGCACAAAGCCUAAUCUCGGAUUGUUUAUAGAAAACUCUACAGAAAAUGGAAAAACCUAAAAUGGAAACCUACCGACCGUAAAACUUUCUACAUUAGUAAAAACAUCUUUGUAAAUCAGUGUUACGAAGGGAAACUAUACUUAGCGUGCAAAAGUGUGUUUCUUUCUUUUCCUUCAUUGCUAGGCUUUAAAACUUCUUAAAAUACUUUGUGGUAAAACCAGAGAAAACACUGCAGGUUUUCACGCCUGUCUUUAAAGCUGGACCUUUUAAAAAUGUUACUAAAGGGUUGUUUUUUUGUUUUGUUUUUGUUUUGUUGCACAUCUGCUGUAAAAAAAAAAAAAAACAGGAAGUUUUGUAAGGCUUUGUGUAGUGAUAUUUUUCUUUUUGUAUUUUUUUUCUGUGUCUUGAUUUGCCUUGGUGCUUUUUGCGUCUUAAGUGGUUAGUGGUUAACGAAGUAUUUAUUUUUGAUUUAUUCCGUUAAAAAAAAAAAAAAAAGUUAGUAUUAUGUUUAUUGUAAUAUGAGUUAGUUAGUUAUUGGUUGGCUGCGUAAUAUUGCUUAUUGUAAAGUUAAUGGAGAAAAACACACAAAAAAUGUCCUAAAGCAGUACCUUGCCAAAGAGCUAAGAACCUCUUUGAUGUGGGUUUACAAAGCAUCUAUUUUUAUAAAAAGACAAAUUUGGAGAAACUUUUUACUGGACCUGGAAAAAAUAUUUUGACUUGGAUACUUUGAGAAAUAUCUUCAUAUGACACCUUAACAGGAAGUUUGCAGUGGUUGACAUUUCUGGAGAGAUUUCUGAUGUAAAAGAUACUUUUUUUGAGAUCUUUGUAUUAUGUUUCGAUUCUAGAAUCAAUGGCAGUGAUGGUUUCAUUUGUAUAAUCAUCAGUGGGGUUGUCCUAUCAUCCUGGCUAUUAUGACUAGCAACUCUCAUUCACUUUUGAUUUGGAAAUUCAGACAGAAAAAAAUAUGAAGGUUUAUUUGCAAAAAAGUGCAUGCAAAAUUAUACUGGAAAUAUCUUCAAGGUAAAAGGGGGUUGGGGGAUUUAAAAAAAAAAAAUCAGUUCUUCCUAAAGAAUUCGCUUCAGACAGAGCUCAUGGUGGUUUGUGGUGUACUUACUAUAUAAUUUACUCCAUUUUGUCUUUAUAUUAAACAAAGGUUUUACCUUACUUUGUAUGAAAGGAGGGAGAGGACAAGCUGACGAAGGCAGCUGAUUUAAGGAAACUAGUUUGAAUGAACGAUGGGGAAGAUUACUCCUGGACUUUAGCGCAAUGUAAAUAAGUCCUUUUUUAUGUUGACUAUUUAGCUAGCAUAUUUGUUCUUUUUUUGGGGGGACUUUGGCAAAGUGCUUUUUUAUUUUAUUUGAUUAACUACAGUGUGAUUGAUUUUUCAGGGGAGAUAUUGCCUUAUUUUGAUUUCAGUUUGACUUUGAAAGUUCACAUUCAGUUAAAAUACUUGAUUUGUUGUCCUAUGGACUAGCAUUACAGUGUCAGAUUUGUUGGUGAUUUGGUCUUUAGGUGGUCUUGCUUCUGCUAUUAAGAAAACUACAGACAUUUAA